AUGUUGCUAUGCUACACGCCCAUUGUCUCGUUAAGCCUUAUUGUCACCUAUGAGGAAAAGAACUAUGACGACAACGAUGUUAACAAAGAUGACGACAACGAUGUUAACAAAGAUGACAACAAAGAUGUUAACAAAGAUGACAACAACGAUAACAAAGAUGACAACAACGAUGUUAACAAAGAUUACAACAACGAUGUUAACAAAGAUGACGUCAACGAUGUUAACAAAGAUGACAACAACGAUGACAACGAUGACAACAAAGAUGUUAACAAAGAUGACAACAACGAUGUCAACAAAGAUGACAACAACGAUGACAACGAUGACAACAAAGAUGUUAACAAAGAUGACAACAACGAUGACAAAGAUGACGACAACGAUGUUAACAAUGAUGACAACAACGAUGUUAACAAAGAUUACAACAACGAUGUUAACAAAGAGGACAACAACGAUGACAACGAUGACGACAACGAUGUUAACAAAGAUUACAACAACGAUGUUAACAAAGAUGACGUCAACGAUGUUAACAAAGAUGACAACAACGAUCACAACAAAGAUGACAACAACGAUGUUAACAAAGAUGACAACAACGAUGACAACGAUGACAACAAAGAUGUUAACAAAGAUGACGACAACGAUGCUAACAAAGAUGACGACAACGAUGUUCACAAAGAUGACGACAACGAUGUUAACAAAGAGGACGACAACGAUGUUAACAAAGAUGACAACAAAGAUGACAACGAUGACACCAACGAUGUUAACAAAGAUGACAACAACUAUGGUAACAAAGAUGACGACAACGAUGUUAACAAUGAUGACGACAACGAUGUUAACAAAGAUGGCGACAACGAUGUUAACAAAGAUGACGACAACUAUGUUAACAAAGAUGACGACAACGAUGUGAACAAAGAUGACGGCAACGAUGUUAACAAAGAUGACAACAACGAUCACAACAAAGAUGACAACAACGAUGUUAACAAAGAUGACAACAAAGAUGACAACAAAGAUGUUAACAAAGAUGCACAUUUAAAUGAGACGCUCGGUAUCGACCCGGGUGUGGAGAAUGCAUCUCCUACAUUAAUGGGCGUUUCAAUAGGGUUAGUGUCCUGCUGGAUCUUUUUUCCUGUUUAUGAUGAGGCUGUACCUUUGCGAUGAGGAAAUCCGGUUAUUAUUACGCCUACUUUUACAAUAUUAACAUAAUUAUCAAUGUGUUUUACAGUGAAUGAGUAUCUGAUAUCCAGGUUUGUUUUAUACUUGGUGAGCAAUGUCAAAAUUUCAAAAUUUACUACACCAUCCCUUUCGGACGUUUACAUUCAAGUGGAUCACUAAAUCAGCGGCUUAUAUUGAAGUUGCUUCAGCGUUUCGAUGCCUUGGUACUUCUUCGUAUCCCUCAUGUAUUGGUAUUCAUUUACACUCGAUACAAACUGAUCGAUUUAACACUCGAUAAAGGUAAUAUGUAUUUUAGAAUCUCGCUAUAAGAAGGAAACAACUCUAGAAAUGAUCAUAGCAGUUGCUGACUAUUUAUUUAUUACCCAUACAUUCUGUUAUAUGUUAUUCCUAUAUCGUCGAAAUCCCAUUCUAUGCCAUAAUAUAUAUUAUCUACUAGUUUUUUUUUUACACUUUUACAAUUACUUGUUUAUUGUCUGUGAACAGUAAUGCAAUAUAUAACGUGUAUUUAUUAAAACGUGACACCAGGAUGUGAUGUUACUUCGUUGACGGGGUGUUUUGAUGAAAGAAAGAGAUUAUAAAUUAUGUUUCGGUGAUUCAUGACAUAUCAUAAAAUAUUUAUAAAAUAUGCGUCCGAACAUAGAAUUAAUGAUGUGAAAUUGUAUGUAUUUAGCGUUGUGAAUAUUUUUUAUAUUGAUCAGAAUAAUACGCGAGAAAAAAAGGGGCGUGUUUUACUCCUGAACGAACAUGUGUACUUAACCUGAGAGGCCAUAAUAUCACUACUGUAAAUCGUUAUUGCUUCGCGUGCUACAUAUUCACCCCUGUUUCUUCUUCAAGUGCUUUCACUUUCAAUUUUAAGAUAAACUUUAACGUCAUUCUGACUCUGGGUUGAAUUUGGCUUCCUAUUUAAGGGGAGCAGAAAGGUUACAAAUAGAACGGGGGUGUAGGUCAUUCUCAUAAAUGGAUUGGAAAGCUAUUCAUUUUUAAAUGUUCCACACACUUUGUUUGUCAUGUAUAGAUGUAUGUGCUGCGUGCGACCCUACUGUCUUAAUUAACAUUUAAGUUAAUAUCAUUAUCAUUCUUUUAUUUAUUAGUUUAUAUUUUCUCAAAAUUCAAAAAUGACAAAUAAAUGUUGUGUUAUUCACUUCAAAAUCACAAAAGUUUCAUAGAAGUGGCCAUUUUAAGUUAUUUUGUGUUAGUGUUCCAGUUGUAAGAUUGUGAAGUUUGUUUGGACUAGUUGGUAUCAUAUUAAUGUUUUAAAUGUAGGAUCACGUGAGUUCAUUACAUUGUGAAUUAGUUGUACAUUGUAAAUUUUCAACAUUUAGAACAAACUUCCAUUUAAAUUCUAUAUCUCAUUGACUAUUUUCAAUUUCAAGUCACUUAAUGUGAAUGAUCCAGUACACGUGGUGUAUGACGUCAUUGUAUUAUUCUGUUGUGUGUGACGGUGCUACCUGUGUAUAUAUGUGUAUGUGUGUGUGUGUCUGGAUGUGUACCCACCUACCUGUGAGAGGUAAGGUGCGGCAUGGUUUAUAACUGUGGUGUGUAAUAAAUAUAUUGAAAACAAUA